AUGAUUAAAAUUGCGUUGAUCAUAAUAACAUGGUAUACACAAACAAGUGUUCAGAAUGUGAUCAAUCUGGCCCAAGGUAAAAUACGGGGUAUGCCGAGAGAUGGUUACAUUUUCUACGGGGGAAUCCCAUACACUUCAAUAACCGGUCCCACUGGAAGGUUUAGGCGAGGCGGUAUAGCACCCACUUGGAAGGAAGUGCGCGCGUCCAGUGAGGCGCAUUGCUUGCCAAGUUCUCCUAUAGAGGAAUGUUUAAAAUUAGAUGUUAGUGCCCCCGGUGGAGAGGCAUUACCAGUCUUAGUCUGGGUCGCGGGAGGUACUGGCAUGUAUAAUCCCACGAAAUUGGCUAAAGAGGGACUCAUAGUAGUGACUGUUCGACACAGGUUAGGACCAAUCGGUUUUCUAUGUUCAAGUGAAGACAAAAUCCCAGGCAAUGCAGGACUGAAAGACGUGGUAAUGGCGUUGAGAUGGGUCAGAGAUAAUAUCGUCGCCUUUAAUGGGAACCCUAAUAAAGUGGUAGUAGCAGGACAAAGUUUCGGAGCCGCCAUGGCAGAGUCGUUGUUGGUAACACAUAUGGCAAAGGGGUUAUUUCAUGGAGUAAUUUUACAGAGUGGAACUGUGCUGGCUCCAUGGGCAUUCAACUACGACGCAGAAGAUCGAGCAAAGUUUUUAAGAAUGCAAUUUAAUGAGAGUAGACCUGUGACUACAUUCGCUAAAGCGGGAAUAGCAAAUCUAGCGGCUAUAGCUGAAGAACUGAACCUACCUUAUAUGCCAUUUGGUAUAUGUAUGGAAAAUCCUUUAAAAAAUGAAGAAAUGCUUAUGUCUGCAUCGCCAUUAGACUUGAUAACGAAGGGGAAGGUGACCAGAGUUCCUAUUAUGAUGGGAUAUACUACCAAUGAAGCAUAUAUAUUUUCUUCUGUGUUGAAAGAUGCAAAUGUUGUAAGAAAAAUGUCAAAAGAAAUGACUUUUUUGCUUCCUGUAGAAUUACAAACUAGCAAGAGGGCGAUGCCUCAGAUAGUGAAAAAAGUUAAUGAAAUGUAUUUCGAAGAUAAUAUGACGAUGCCAUCAGUCUUCUCCUAUCACAAAGAUGCUUAUUUUUUGAGCCAUAUUCAUAGAAGUUUACGCUGUCACGCGUCUUCAGGUAGUCCAGUAUAUUACUACCAAUUUUCUUAUUUGGGAAAUGUUGGUGUAGACGAGGAGCUCGACGUACCCAAGUUCGGCGCGGCACACUCUGACGAACUGGCUUAUUUGUUUUCAGAGAAAGGAAGAGACUUAGACGGUGACGAUGGAAUUGUGCAAGGCCAUUUAAUUACUCUCUGGUCUAAUUUCGUUAAGCAUUUGAAUCCUUCAGGUGCAAGUAAGCAGAUUACGUGGGAACCAGUAAAUUUUCAUGACAUUAAGGUGUUGAAUAUUAAUAUCGAAUUAAAUUUUAUUGAAUUUCCUUAUAAAAAGGAAGCUCAGAUGUGGGAGGAUGUGUAUGACAAAUAUUAUUAUGAAAAGAUAAGAUCU